GCGCCUCCACUAUCAGAUCACCGAACCAUCCGGUCAACACCGGCCUCCCCUGCCAGACUGUUCCCUUCCCACAUGCUGACAACUCCCAAUCGAUCCGCGCCGCGCCUAUUAUAUAUCGCCGUCGGCACCAUCAUCUCGAUCCCUGCAGCCUGCAGUUAAGUUAACAGUAGCCGAGUGAGCUGUGAGCACCGCCACCGCCGCCCACCUCAUGUCCUCAUCCUCAUCAAUGGCGGCGAGGAGACUCCUGGCGGCGGCGUUCCUGGCGCUGGCGGUGCCGGCGGUGCUGUGCCAGGCGCCUGGCCCGGCGGCGCCCAAGGGCCCGCCGAACGUGACGGCGAUCCUGGAGAAGGGCGGGCAGUACGCGACCUUCAUCCGGCUGAUGAAGGCGACGCAGCAGGACACGCAGCUCAACAGCCAGCUCAACAACUCCUUCGGCAGCGGCUACACCGUGUUCGCGCCCACCGACAACGCCUUCAACAGCCUCAAGCCCGGCACGCUCAACAAGCUGUCGCAGCAGGAGCAGGUGUCGCUGGUGCAGUACCACAUCCUCCCGCAGUUCUACUCGCUCGACUCCUUCGAGACCGCCAGCAACCCCGUCCGCACCCAGGCGUCCGGCUCCGACGGGCCCUACACGCUCAACAUCACCGCCGACAGCAACAGCCAGGUGAACGUCUCCACGGGGCUCGUCGCCACCAGGGUGGGCACAGCGCUGCGCGACACGCAGCCGCUCGCCGUCUACUCCGUCGACAAGGUGCUCCUGCCCAACGACCUGUUCGGCGUGAAGCCCCCGUCGUCCGCGCCGCCCGCGCCCACCAAGAAGCCGGCCAAGGGGGCCUCCGUGGCCGAGGCGCCCACUGGCUCCGCCGACUCCGCGCCCUCCGGCGCCGCGCCCGGCGGCGCCGGGGUCGCCGGGUGGAGCUUGGCGGCGCUGGUUCUCGCCGCGGCGGGCAGCCUGUUGUAAGGAUCCGUGGAGGAAGCGAGAGCCUGCGUGCAUGUGCAUGAGUAGUGUUCUUGUUGCGAUUUCAUUUUCUUCUUCUCUUGAUCUUGGAUUUGUUCGUUGCUUCACCUGGUUUGGAGAAACCGGGCCAUGUGAUCCCCAUCCCUGAAUGUUAAUGAUGCUCAGUUACUGAGCUGUUUCUCUCUCCAUUUCCUAUUUUUCGUCAGUAGCAUUAUUUUUCCUUAGUAUGCUUAGCAAAAUUAAUCUUUUUUUU